UUUUACUGUUUUUUUUUUUCAUUAUAAUGACAUUCAUCUCCAUGUUCCAAGCUUUGGGUGGAAUCAUAAAGAGUUUGUCUCAUGAAUUACCUCCAGGACAUCUUACUGACUUUGAAGACUCUUUACGUGGUUCUUGGUAUAUUUCACCAACACAACAUGCUUUAGAAUUAUGUUUUUUAGUACCAACUUUCAUUGGAGUGACAAUAUACUUUGGUAACAAGGCUUGGGGUAAAAAUACUGAAGCUUAUAGACUGAUGAAUUCUAAACAUGAUGUACCAAAGGCAUCUAUGUUGGAACGGAUCUUGUUAGUGAUGAUGGUUGGAUCAUUUGGCAUUACUUGUGUUCACAAGAUGGCGACUCAAACUCUACUUUUUCUCAUGCAGCCUUGUCAUGCAAGCGCCCUACUAUUGAUUAUAGUAAUGAUGUGGCCUUGGAAACAAUAUCCUUUGAUCCCUCGAUUAUUAUUGAAUACUUAUUAUUAUACAUUAUGGGGUGCCAUUCUUGCCUUAAUCUUUCCUGAUUUACGUGAUCAUGAUAUGUUUGGCGAAGUAUUUAAUUUCUUUUUAGAACAUACACUUGUGUUGAUCUUACCUUUAUAUAUGAUAUCCAAUCCUCGUUAUGUAACGAUUCCUCCAUCAUUUGAUAUGGCAUUAUUCUCUUUUGGUGUUUACGCCUUUUACCAUACUCCAGUUCUUCAUCUUUUUUCUUUAUGGUCUGGUUACAAUCUCAACUUUUCUCUUGGUCCCCCUGCACUGGGCUUUUUGAUCGAAACUGGACCACAUUACCGAAAUAUCAUGUUUAUGGCGGCGUUACUCAAUAUGUUCUGGACAAGAUAUUUAGUGAUGGACAACUUUCAUAAUCUCAUACGAUGGACUCGACAACAAGUCAAAUUGAAAUCAUCUUAGACAUAGGGUUUUUACUUUUUUUUUUAGUUUUGCAUAGUUAGUUUAUGUUGAUAU